GUACGGGCGGGCCCGGCAGUCGGAUGUCCCGGUGCGCGGCUGUCGGGGCAGCGAUGUCCGUGUCCUCAGCGAUGGCGCGGCUGCUGCUCCUGUGCGCCACAUCGGGGCUGCUGCUGGCGGCCUUGGCGGCCAUCCCGCCGCCCGAGGAGGCGGCGCGCAUGGCGCGCUACGUCCUGCACAGCUGUGACUGGGGCGCGCUGGCCACGCUGUCGGCGCAGGAGGGGCUGCGCGGCCGCCCCUUCGCCAACAUCUUCUCCCUCAGCGACGGCCCGCCCGGGCCCUGCGGCGGCAGCGGCGUCCCCUACCUGUACCUGACCGACAUGGAGAUCUCCGUGCAGGACCUGGAGGUCAACUCAAAUGCCUCCUUGACUGUGUCUUUGGCACAGACUCCUUACUGCAGGAAGCACAGAUAUGAUCCCCAGAACCCCCUCUGUGCCCACAUCAUCUUUGUUGGGAGCAUUGUAAAGGUAAAUGAUUCAGAAGCAGACUUAGCCAAAAAAGCAUUGUUCAGUCGCCACCCUGAAAUGGAAAGUUGGCCCAAGGAUCACAACUGGUUCUUUGCCAAAUUCAACAUCACCAAUAUUUGGGUCCUGGACUACUUUGGUGGAUUGAAAAUUGUGACACCAGAAGAGUACUACAGUGUCAAGCCUUAG